UACCAAAGAAAAAUAUUAGUAAUUUCUACAUAUUAACUAAACUAAAAUAAAUAAAUGUAAGAAAGGGCAGUUGAAAACUUGUAAUUAUAGGCUGAAAGAUGCUUGGAGUUGACUGAAUGGCAAGCAGAAAGACUGCUUAAGAAUAAAAAGACAUAGGAAGUAUUUUUAAAUAUAAGCCAUUGUUAUGAAGAGGAUAGCCUCGUUUAGAGAAAAGCUUGCAUUUUAUAAGCAGUUUUUAAAAGAUUGUGCAAAGAUUAAGGUUAAGUAAUGUUGAACUGUGUAAAAAGCUAUUAAAAAUUACCCAAAAAUAAAGUACCAUAGAAUGCUUGCGAAAAAGAAUUAUUAACAUUUAUAUCUUGUGCUGAAAGGCUUAGUCUGAUACCAUUAGCAAACUAAGAAGUUAUUUGA